AUGCCUGUCAAAGCCAUAGCAUCUCGUAGCGUGAUCAUCGAUCACCAAUGCAUUCCUGCAACAAUCGUGUAUUCGACUGAUUCUGGCAAGAUUGUGGAGAUCUACAAGAAUGAAGUAAUCAGAGGCAUUCACGAUGAGCGUUUAGAAUCGCACAAGGUUGUCGAUUAUGGUAUUGUUACGCCGCACGUGAUUAUGCCCGGUCUAGUGGACUCUCAUGUUCAUUUGAACGAGCCAGGCAGAACCGAAUGGGAAGGGUUUGCUACGGGAACUCAAGCUGCUUCAAGCGGAGGUGUCACCACUGUAGUUGACAUGCCACUAAAUGCGGUCCCUCCCACGACCACUGUCAAAAACCUUAAUAUCAAACUGAAUGCGGCACAAAACCAAAUGUGGUGCGACGUGGCUUUCUGGGGAGGUCUUGUACCUAGCAACCUCGACGAUCUAAUACCUCUUGUUCGAGCCGGAGUUCGUGGCUUCAAAGGGUUUUUGCUCGACUCGGGGGUUGACGAGUUUCCGCAAGUGUCAAAGAAAUACAUCAUGAAUGCCUUGGAAGUUCUGAAAAACGAGAAAACGCAACUCUUAUUUCAUGCGGAGCUACCUCCUGACCACAACUUUGGGAUUCUGGAACCUUCAAGGGAGCCAAUGGAUCUGGAAGCUGUACGUUCGGUAGAAAGUGCCAAGAAUUUGACAAACAACGAAAUUCGGGCCUUGGCCGAGUCUUCCGUACUAUCAUCUGCCGAGCCCAGGUAUGGGCAGCCAUCCCAUAUUGUACACCACGAUGACCUUAUAAGCCCACCUUUGACGGUGGCAGCAGGGGUUGACGAUACUUUAGCAAACGUCGAUCCGACCGAAUACGGCUCCUUUUUGGCCUCCAGGCCAGAUCAGUGUGAAACUAGCGCUAUCGGACUCUUGAUUUCCUGUCUCAGAGAAUCACUGGCGUUGUUCCAAAGUGCACCACCAGUGCACAUCGUUCACUUGGCCACUCAGGAAGCGAUACCCAUGAUUAUCAAGGCCCAAAGAGAGUUGGGUUUGCCGAUCACUGUCGAAACAUGUUUUCAUUAUCUCACCUUUGCUGCGGAACAAAUCCCUGCAAAGGCCACUCAAUUCAAGUGUUGUCCUCCAAUUCGUACGGAAGAUAAUAGAAAGGCGCUUUGGAAGGCUCUCCACGAUAGAAUAAUUACUACUGUUGUGAGCGAUCAUUCUCCUUGUACACCGCAACUCAAAAACCUCUCUGAAGGUGACUUUUUUGGCGCGUGGGGCGGUAUUUCUUCUGUUGGGCUUGGUUUAUCCAUUUUAAUCACAGAGGGUUCCAAAAUGUCUCCGCCAGUAAGUCUCACUGAUAUUGCAGAGUGGUGCUGUGAGAACACAGCCAAGCAGGUUGGUCUUCACGACCGCAAGGGCUUCUUGCGUACCGGAUAUGAUGCCGACUUUGUAGUUUUAGACCAGCAUCAGCGGCGCACGAUCAGCAAGGACAACAUCCUCUACAAAAACAGACUGACAGCUUAUGAGGGCCGCGAGCUUAAGGGUCAAGUUAUGUCGACUUUUUUGCGGGGUCAGUUAAUCUUCGAAGCUACAAGAGGCCUCUCGAGUAUUCCAAAAGGAAGGACCCUUUUGGAGCCUCGAGCCAUAUGA